UUUCAUUUUCAGAAAAAUAAUAUUAAAGAAUCAUUCUCAGUCUGACUUUUGAUGUAAAGUUUCAAUAUCGUGUCUGCGUUUGUGCAGACAGACAGCAGACAGGAACCGAUGCAAACUGUAACGGUUUUUAGGUAAGAAGGUGUCGACAGGUAACUUUUCCCAGAAAACAGACUUUAUUCUGCCGCUUCCGCAAGUCGGAGCCGCUUUUUUUAUCCGCCUGUCCUGAACUGUGGGUCGGAUUCAUCCUGUGUGAUCGGCUCGGUGCAAACAUGGAGGAAAAAGCAGACAUUCCCAGAGAACUGCUCGAGAGUGUGCGGGAGGCGGUGGGUCGGAGGGUAAAGCUGAUCCUGCGCCGCAAAGUCCAGCUGGAGGUCAAAGGUGACAAGGUGGAGAACAGAGUGCUGGCCUUGGCGCCACAUCGAGCGUACCUGCUGACGGUGCGGCUUCCUUCCAAGGUGGAGCACUCGCUCAGUUACCUAGAUAUCCAGGGAAUCAGCAGCAGCAAGCCCAUUCAGUUGGUGCUGGAGUGUGAGCGCGGCCCCUGGAACCUCCGGCUGGGCUCAGUGGAGGAAGUGGAUGAGGUGAUCGCUCACAUUGGCACUUGUCUGCACGGGAUCUGCCCCACCGGAUCACCAGUAAAGGUGAUGAAGAAGCUGACUCUGAAGCCUCCAGAGAGGGUGGUGGUGCUUCAGUCUAUCUGGGACGAGCAGAGCGCAGCUGAGCUUGGACCCUGUGGUGGGUUCUCUCAUCAGUACCGGUGCGUGUGCGAUCACAUGGGUCUGCCAUACAGAGAAGACGUCCAGUGGGAUGUGGAUACUAUCUAUCUGACACAGGACAGCAGAGAGCUCAACCUGCAGGACUUCACUCACCUGGACAACAGGGAUCUGGUGCCGAUCAUCGCAGCUCUGGAGUAUAACCAGUGGUUCACCAAACUCUCCACUAAAGACUAUAAACUGUCGACUGAUGUGAGCGAGCAGAUCCUGAGAGUUGUGGCUCGAUCCACUCGACUGGAAGAGCUGGUGCUGGACAACACAGGACUCAGGAGUGACUUCGCACAGAAACUGGCCAGCGCGCUGUCACAUAACCCCGCCUCCACGCUGCACACUCUCAACCUGACCAAUAACUCGCUGGAGGACAAAGGUGUUUCGGCUCUAAGUGCUCAGCUGGCCAAGCUGCCGAUGGGCCUGAAGCUCUUGAACCUGUCCAGGACCUCCAUGUCCCCUAAAGGUGUGAACAGCCUCUGUCAGGCUCUGUGUGCCAACCCGACCAUCUCCUCCACCCUCACUCACCUCGACCUCUCUGGUAACUCGCUCAGAGGAGACGACCUGCAGAACCUACACUCGUUCCUGAGUCACCCAAACUGUUUGGAAACUCUGGAUCUGUCCAACAGUGACUGCUCCCUGGAGCAGGUUUGUGCAUCUCUGCUCAGAGGAUCUUUAAAACAUCUUUCUGUCCUCAACAUGUCAAAGACUGUUUUCUCCCACAGGAAGUGUAAAGAAAUCCCGUCGUCCUUCAAACAGUUCUUCAGCAGCGCUCAGGCUCUGAGCUGUGUCAGUCUGUUGGGAACAAAGCUCCCCCUGGAGGCCCUGAAGGCAUUGUUGUUGGGACUUGGUUGCAACCCAAACCUCAGUGACGUCUCCUUGGAUCUGAGCUGCUGUGAGCUGCGUUCAGGAGGUUCUCAGAUCUUGGAGGGUUGUAUCGCUGAAAUUCCAAAUAUCUCCAGUCUGGACAUCUCUGACAAUGGUUUGGACAUGGAUCUGAUCACCCUGCUGGUCUGGUUGGCUAAGAACCGAUCCAUCAGACACCUUUCACUGGGGAAAAACUUCAGCAACAUCAAGUCCAAAAAUGUGUCUCAGGUGUUGGACAACUUGGUUCACAUGCUUCAAGAAGAAGAAUCGCCACUGACCUCGCUGUCGCUGGCUGAUUCCAGGCUGAAAGCUGACCUCUCCAUCGUGCUCAGCGCUCUGGGCAGCAACACCUCUCUGACCAAGCUGGACAUCAGCGGAAACGCCAUGGGCGACAUGGGCGCCAAGAUGCUGGCCAAAGCCCUGCAGAUCAACACGAAGCUCAGAACCAUAAUUUGGGACAGAAACGGCGUCACUGCUCAGGGCCUGCAGGACGUGGCCGCUGCUCUUGAGAAGAACUACACCAUCCGCUUCAUGCCCAUUCCCAUCAUGGACGCUGCUCAGGCACUAAAGGCAAACUCAGAGAAGACGGAAGAUGCUUUACUAAAAAUGGAGCAGUACCUCCUGAGGAACCAUGAGACUCGUAAAUACCUACAGGAACAGGCGUACCGGCUGCAGCAGGGGAUCGUCACCACCACCACCCAGCAGAUGAUGGACACGAUGUGCGUCAAGGUGCAGGACCACGUGAACUCUCUGAGGUUCACAGAGGCCAGCUCGGUUCAGGAAGACAUGAGGGUGGCUGAAAACCUCAUGAUGGACGCUAAGAACUCAAAAACACUGCUCCCAAACCUUUACCACUUGCAGAGUUCAGGGUCCAAGGGUCCAUGUGUCGGAGCCAUCCAGGACAAACUGGAGUCAAUGGCUGGAGAGGUUGCCAGAGUGAUGGAUGACCAGCUGCAGAUGAUGCUGGUGUCCAUGGUGGAUGCUGCCAAGGGUCUUUGCCCUCAUGUGAUGAAGAGUAGCAGUCUUCGUCAAGAGCUACUAAAAGCCAGUGCAGAGAGGAUGUCAGUUCCCCGGAGCUUCAUCACCACCACGCUGCUGGAACAGUCUGGAAUUGACAUCAUCAACAAGAUCAGUGAAGUGAAGUUGAGCCUGGCAUCAUUUUUGUCUGACCGCAUCGUGGAUGAGAUCCUGGAGUCUUUGUCCCGAUCACAGCACACCCUGGCGGAUCACCUGAUCAGGAAGGAUCAACCUCUGCUGCUUCAGGAGCCCAACGUGGAGGCCGAACUUCUGGAUGAGACUUUAUUGCAACCUGACAAGCAGGAGGAGGCCCAAGACCACAACCAGGACCUGGACCAGGAAGAAACCAAAGGACGAGCGCGGAAGCAUGGCUUAGAGGACAUUGAUGCUUGCAUGAUGACUCCGAAAUCAAAGAGGAAGAGUAUUCUGGUGAGGAUGUUGCGUCCCGUCUCUGUGGCGUUUGAGAUGGAGUUUGACCUGGAUAAAGCUUUGGAGGAGGUGCCGAUCCAUGUUGAGGACCCGUCUCCUCCUCCUCCUCCUCCUCCUCCUGCACAGUCAUUGGCCAGAAUGUCAUCCUGUGACAGCGACCUUCCUCCUCCUCCAACGCCGCUGGACAUGAAGCCCGCCUCUUUGGGAGAGCUGCCCCCACUUGUGCACAAGACGCUGGAGCACCGCACUAAGCUCCGCCCCAAACCAAAGAAGAGAACAAAACCCAGCCGAGCACCUCAGGUACAGGAGUCAGAGCACUAUGGCAUCAUGGGAAAGCUUGAUGAGGGCCUGGAUGAGUUUUUCUCAAAAAGAGCCGUUAAACUCAGCUUCAGGCGUGCCUCUCCGCGAAAUCCAUCCCUCAGCAUCCAGGAAACGACAGAAAAGAAACGUGAAUCCAGGAAGAGCGGCUUCUUUAACCUCAUUAAAUCCAGGAGCUCUCGCUCAGAGAAAAGUCAAGGAGCUGCUGCAAUCACUCCUCCAGCUGCUGCCUCCUCUAACGCUGCUCCACCUUCUUCCUCCCUUACCCCCGGGACUCAGGAACCAUUGUCACCCACAGCGGUAUUAAAAAACCAAGGGGCUUCAUCGGAACCCCUGCCGGAGCUCCUCAGGGAUCACUCUCAGGACCACACCGAUUCUGAGACAGAGACCUCGCCAACUGCUGCGGAAGCGACUGAGGAAAAAAAAGAGGAGAGGAAGGAGAACCCUUACAUCCCCCGCCACAUUGGGAUUCCUGUAAUGGGUUUGGACCUUCUGGCUGAGAUGAAGGCCAGGCAGGAGAAAAUGGCCGCUCAGAAGUCUGACUCGUUAUCCUCACUGGAUAAGAUGGACAGUGACACAGCCAAACCAGACCACAACGUCUCAGCAGACUCUGACUCCAGACCUGAGCCGGCUCCCAGGUUUAAACCACCCUCUGUCGGACCCAAACCGCCUACAGCACAGGGCACCAAACCCCCACUGGGGCCACGAACAUCUGCACCCCUCAGUCCAACCACUCCAACCAGUCCCAGUGCAGGUGACACCUUCAGCAUCUAUGAUUCUGCUGAGGCGGCAGCUGGCAGUUUGACUCCCAAAUCACCACUACCUGCUCCUCGCCUGAAGAGGGCGAUGUCAGAGCAGGACAGAGAGAGCACCAGCAGCAACCCUGCAGAACUCCAGUCUCCAGUGGACGUUGAGCCUCCAGAGGAUGAUGGUGGUGUAUUUGACUUGCCCAGUGAAGUUGCUGGUUUCGGCAGGCAGUGGUCAUCUCUGAAAAGAGCCACCAACCCAGUUGCAAAGAAAGAGGACAACCGAGAACGCACAAAGUCCCUCCCUGCUUAUGUGAUGCCGCCGUCUGCUGAGGACGCUGAUCUCUGUCCUGAGGCAGAGCCGGAGGUUCCGCUUCCAGAGGCUGAUCUUGGGUCUGAAGACCAAUCAGAGGAAACACUUGCCAACAGUGAUCUCCCAGAGGACCAAUAACUGAGAUUCCACGUUUCUACUCAACAGCAGAGAUGACUUUUUCAAAAUAAGAGCUUUAUUGCCCGAUGAGGUGUUUGUGUUCACAUAAAUGGGACCUACAGAGUUUUCUGACCUCAGAUGAGCUUUGAGUUCUCUGAAAAACUGUUACCGCCUUCAGCGAAACCAUGAAAUGCAAAGAUGGUUUUUACCUGAUGUAGCAAUGAAUUGCGGUUACUUUCCAGCUGUCAAAAGAUCGCCUCGUCUGAUCGCUGAGAAGAAUGUCUCUCAACGUUAAACAGAGCAGAACUUACAUUACAUUGAA